UCACAGAGAUGGAAGCAACCUACUUGUGCUUGCCCUUUUUCUUGGCUUUGUAUUUAUCCACUAGACACUGGCUUCAAAAGCUCAAAAAUCUUCCACCAUCUCCAUUUCUCACUUUCCCCAUAAUUGGCCAUCUCUACCUCUUAAAGAAGCCAUUGCACCGAACGUUGGCUGAUCUUUCCGCCCGCUACGGCCCCAUAGUCUUCCUCCGUCUCGGCCCACGCCAGACCCUCCUUGUUUCUUCACCUUCUGCUGCUGAGGAAUGCCUGUCCAAGAACGAUGUCGUUUUCGCCAACCGCCCUCAACUGCUGUCCGGGAAAUACAUCGGCUACAACUACACCAGCAUGGCCUGGGCUAACUACGGCGACCACUGGCGAAACCUCCGCCGAAUCUCUACCCUUGAAAUUCUCUCCACUAGCCGUAUCCAAAUGCUCUCCGGCAUCCGUUCGGAUGAAGUCCGGUCCCUACUUCUCCGACUUUUGGAGAAUGGGGCGGAGACGGUGGACAUGAAGACGGCGUUUUUUGAGAUGACGAUGAACGUGAUGAUGAGGAUGAUCGCCGGGAAGAGGUACUAUGGCGGGAACGUGGUGGAGGUGGAGGAAACGGCUAAGUUUCAGGAGAUAAUAGAGGAUACAUUUCGGUUGGGAGAUACAACGAAUAUCGGAGAUUAUUUGCCGGUGUUGAGGUGGUUGGGGGUGAAGGGGAAGGAGAAGGGGUUGAGGGAGUUGCAGAGGAAGAGAGAUAGGUUCAUGCAGGGUUUGAUAGAAGAGCAUAGAACAAGAAUGGCGAAAGAGUCAUAUUCUUCUUCAUCCUGUAGAGUCGGAGAAAAGAAGACGAUGAUCGAAGUUCUGUUAUCCUUGCAGGAGAAGGAAGCUGAGUACUACACAGACGAGAUCAUCAGAGGCCUCAUGCUGGCUCUCUUAGGAGCUGGAACCGACACCACCUCUGCAACUCUGGAAUGGGCAAUGUCACUUUUGCUGAACAACCCAGAAGUCCUAAAGAAGGCCCAAAUGGAGAUGGACAAUCAGCUGGGACCCAACCAUCUCAUUGAAGAAUCGGAUCUAAGCCAACUCCCUUACCUUCAUUGCAUCAUAAGGGAGACACAGCGCAUGUACCCAGCAGGGCCAAUAGUUCCUCACGAGUCAUCAAAGGAGUGUAUGGUAGGGGGCUAUCACAUACCUCGUGGCACAAUGUUACUUGUCAACAUAUGGGGCAUACAAAAUGACCCUAAAGUUUGGAAGGAGCCGAGAAAAUUCUUACCAGAGAGGUUUGAAGUAGGGCUAGAAGGAGAAGGACAUGGGUUGAGGUUGAUGCCAUUUGGUUCAGGCAGGAGGGGGUGCCCUGGGGAGGGCUUAGCCAUACGAAUGGUUGGGUUGGUGUUGGGGUCAUUGAUUCAGUGCUUUGAUUGGGAGAGGGUUGGUGAAGGAAAGGUGGACAUGAGUGAAGGGAUUGGACUCACUUUGCCCAAGGCUCAGCCUUUGUUGGCUAAGUGUAGGCCUCGCCCAGCCUUGAUCAACGUUCUUUCACAAAUCUGACUCAAUUAGCUAGGUUCACACUGUUAGUAAUGUAUGUGCUUUGAUAUACAUUUAGAAUAAG